ACUGAGGCUGCACUGGGCCCUGGAAAGCAGAAAACUAACUUAUACGGGAAGGAAUGGGGGCAGGUGGAGCUCGGUGCUAAGGGAAGGCAGAGGACUCAGUGGCCCGCUGCCCUGGUGGUACCGACCGGUGAAGUCUGCAAGCCUCUUCCCCAGCCCGCGGCUUCAGUUUGUGUCUGAAGAAGCGUCCCAGACGGGUAUCCUAGUGGGCCGCGCGGGUCGAGGCGAUGGUAUCAUGUAGGUCUCUCGUCCUUUAGCCUAGCUGCGAAUUCGCACCCAGGGCCCGCCCAGCCUCACUAUGAGUCACGGUCCGAGCCCGCGGCUGGCCGAUUCCCCGCAGCUUUCCAAGAGCAGCCUGCUUACCAUCCUGGGCAGCCCGUCCCCCGAGCGCAUGGGCCCGACCGACUCGUUGCCACCCACGCCGCCCAGCGGCACGCCGUCGCCCGGGCCGCCCCCUGCCCUACCCCUGCCCACGCCCGCCCUGCUGGCCGACGGGGACUGGGAGAGCCGCGAGGAGCUGCGGCUGCGGGAGCUGGAGGAGGCGCGCGCGCGAGCCGCGCAGAUGGAGAAGACGAUGCGCUGGUGGUCGGACUGCACGGCGAACUGGCGCGAGAAGUGGAGCAAGGUGCGCGCCGAGCGCAACCGGGCGCGGGAAGAGGUGCGCCAGCUCCGCCAGCGCCUCGACACGCUCACCAAGGAGUUGGCCGGCGCGCGCCGCGAGCGCCAGGAGGCCCAGGGCGAGUGCGAGGCGCGCGGCCGCGAGCUGGCCCGGCUGCGGGGAGCGCGCGGUGCCGUGGACAAGACGCACGACGGCCCGGAACCCGAGCGCGAGCAGGAGCCGGUGCGCGACAACGGGGCAGAGAGGCCGCCUGGCAGCCAGGAGCUGGACCUGGUAGAGAGCCUGCUGAAGAACAGACCAGAGGAGCCUGAGGGCUGCUGGGAUGCCUGCAGUGUAGCCGCUGGGGGCUCUCGGGUGAGCUCGGGCCGCCAGGAUCGAAACCGUCUGCCCUGGGAGGACAUAGCCAGUACAGAGGAGGACGCCUCCAAGUUGACUGCCCUGCGCCUACGGCUAGAUGAGUCUCAGAAGGUUCUGCUCAAGGAGCGAGAGGAUAAGCUGGCUCUGAGCAGGAACAUCGAGAAACUGGAGGGGGAGCUUAGCCAGUGGAAGAUCAAAUACGAGGAGCUGAGCAAGACCAAGCAGGAGAUGCUCAAGCAGCUCAGCAUCCUAAAGGAGACGCACCAGGAUGAAUUGGGCCGCAUGUCUGAAGACCUGGAAGAUGAACUGGGCGCACGCUCUAGCAUGGAUCGCAAGAUGGCUGAGCUGAGGGGUGAGAUGGAAAGGCUCCAGGCAGAGAAUGCAGCCGAGUGGGGCCGCAGAGAGCGGCUGGAGACGGAGAAGCUGGGCCUGGAACGGGAGAACAAGAAGCUGCGUGCGCAGGUUGGAGACCUGGAGGAGGCCCUGGCCCGCAGGCGGCGGCAGAACGCCAGUGCCCUGGACUGUGACCUGAGGGCCAGCCAGGCUGCCCUCUUCGAGAAGAACAAGGAGCUGGCAGAUCUGAAGCACGUGCAUGGCAAGCUCAAGAAACAGUUCCAGGAAAAGGUGGCAGAGCUGGCGCACGCCAAUCGGCGCGUGGAGCAGCACGAGACGGAGGUGAAGAAGCUGCGGCUGCGGGUGGAAGAGCUCAAGAAAGAGCUGGCCCAGGCCGAGGAUGAGCUGGAUGAGGCCCACAACCAGGUUCGGAAGCUGCAGCGGUCACUGGAUGAGCAGACAGAGCAGAGUGAGAACCUACAGGUUCAAUUGGAGCACCUGCAGUCCAGGCUCCGAAGGCAGCAGCAAAAUGCACCCCUUUUCGGGAAGAUUCGUAGUACCCGAUUUAGCACGGAGGAAGCCGGAGAUGGAGCCAGCGACCUAGAUGAAGACGAGGACCUGCAAAUCCAGGUGGCCUAGAGCAUCCAGGGGCGGAACAGGACUGACCCGAAGCCACAGGUGCCCAGCCGAGCAUCCACUCAAACCGGGCAGCUGUCCUUACUCUCUGCACCCUCCUGGGUUCCAUCCCCCUGCUUCGGACCGCUUCCUUCCCUCCCAGGAAGAUAGCAAUUUCACCUACCGGCACCCCAGGGAGAGGGAGCCUGUUGGAUAUGUAUAUUGUAUAUAUGUCCAGGGUUGCCUGGACCUAUUCCAUUUUAUAAACACAGGACAGCAGCUCUCAAGACUCCCACCUGCAUAGGGUUCCAUGCAGGGAUGGAGUAUGCCGAGGGAGGCUUGGUGGCCCGGCAGGGGCUGUUCAUAAUAAGAUGCCAUGAAGACAGACUUUUGUAAUAAAUGGAGU